AUGUCUAUCUUCAUCCGUCUUCGCAAAGCAAACAUACCCUGGCUCCAACACUUCCUCAUCCUCGCAUCCGCACUUUCCAUCUUAUCAGAAACCCGCAUCUUCCUUCUCCUCUACGCGGUCCUAACCUUCCACCUCGAUACAGAAGCCCUCCUCGCAGCCUUGCAAAACCCCCGUGAACCACCACUCAUCCCACACCCCUACCUUCCGUUCCUCGGCCAUGUCGUCGGCAUGUUCUGGCAUGGGGCAAAGUACUUCGCCUUCAUCAGCGCCUCAACCCAGCACCCAAUAUUCACACUCCAAACUCUCAACAAGAGAACAAUCGUCGUCAUCGACCCAACGUUGGCGACAGCGAUACAGAAAAAGAGUCCUAAUCUCACCUUCUACGGCAUGAUUCUCGAAGUCACGAGAAGGCUAGUAGACUUUGACUAUCCCACCAUGGAAAUCAUCAAGUGGAAUCUAGACGGCGAACACGGUACACAUGAAGGACUCAUGCAUGAGAGCGAGAAAAUGGUAUCGGGGAGUCUAGAACCGGGACCAAACCUCAAUUCGUUAUCAACGACGCAACUCGAGCAGUUCACCACUCUACUAAACGCCUUUGUACCAAGUGGGGAGGCAAAGGGUGUGGAAAUAGGGUUGAUGCAGUUCGUAAAGCAAAUCUUCACAACCGCAAAUGCCAAUACCAUAUACGGCCCGUCCAACCCCUUCGCCGUGCACCCCCAUCUCAUGCAUUCAUUCUGGGACUACGAAGCCGGUAUGAUCGCUCUCAUGGCCGACAUUUUCCCCUCCAUCACCAGUUGGAAGUCAUGGAGAGCAAGAAAAGCAAUGAACAACGCUUUACAAGAAUUCAUCGAAAAGGAGCAUUACAGACAAGCAAGCCCUCUGAUACAAAAACGCGUUGCCAUCAACCUCAAACACGGCAUUUCACCUAAAAUGGCAGGGCGAUCCGAACUUAUCCUACUCUUCGGUAUCCUGGGAAACGCUGUACCGACUACGUUCUGGUUGCUAGCAAACAUCUUUGCGCGCCCGGAACUACUCGCCGCUAUCAGAGCGGAAACGAGCAAGGCUAUACACGCAAACGAGACAGUCAAUGUCAUUAGUGUCUCGGUCCUGAAAGCCCACUGCCCACUGCUACUUUCUACGUAUCGCGAAACACUACGCCAUAUCGCAAAUCUUUCUUCUGUACGCCUCGUAACAGGCACACACGAGAUCAAUGCACCAGGCCACCCACCAUUUCUGUUGGAAAAGGGCAACAUGAUACAGAUAGCAUCCGGUGUCAUUCAUGCGGCGCCAAGUACAUGGGGCUCCGAUGCCGCAGACUUCAAGCCAGAGCGAUGGAUGGCUGCCACUCGACAUGCCAAAAGCUCCGAUGGAAACGUCAACGACAAGAAGACUGCUCUCCCACUCCCCAACUCCGUGCCAAGCGCAGCGUUUCGCGCGUUUGGCGGCGGAUCUGUGCUCUGUCCUGGUCGACACUUUGCCAUGACGGAGAUUCUGGGCUUUGUGGCCUUGUGCGUGAAUAUGUUUGAUGUCGCGGAUGUGCAAGGUGGAGUAUUGAAAUUGCCAGAGAAAGAUGAUGGACGGAUACCAUUGACUGUGAUGAAACCUGCCAUAGAUCCGCAGGUGAUGGUGAGACGGAGAGAGGCAGCGGAGGACGUGCAGUGGCGACUGGAACUAUAG